AUUUGAACCUUAAGAAAAUCCAAGGCAGGCGAGAAGGGUGACGUUUGACCUUGGAACCCAAAACUGCACUGAUCAUUUGAUGCGAAGAACAUCUACUAACCGCAGCAAACCUAAGACGACAUACAGAUCUUUCUAGAUCUUUCUACUGCAAUGGGAUUAUUCGCUUACACCCUAGCAGGAGGUAGCUUGAUCCUUAUCGGCGGAUGGGAAUCUCUGGUUUCAGAUCAACCCACGACGGCAUCGCCAUCUUCAUCUGUGUCAACGAAGAAACCGCCGUCUUCUUCUUCUUCAUCGGUGACUUUUGUUGCAGUCACCGUUCUCUCAUUCUUGUUCGUUUUAAACUCUCUAGUAUCGUUAAUCGAUGCCCACAACUUCAAGGAUUCGAUCGGAUUCGUCCUCCAGCUAGAGGUAAUCGCCAUUGCUUCACUGUUUCUUGUCUACUCGAUUAUUGGUGUCCUUACCCAUGUAAAUAGUUCGAUGUUGUUCCCUUCAUCAAUCUUAAAUCUGCUUUGUCUGUUCGGUUUCAUUGAAGAAUUCAUGUUGUUUUACCUUCAAAGGAAAGACAUAAGUGGAAUCGAGAACCAGUAUUACGAUCUAUUGCUCGUUCCUAUUGGUGUAUGUGUUGUGUCAACAAUGCUUGAACUGAAAACACCAAAGGCUAGAUAUGCUAGGUUGGGGCGUGGGAUUGGAUUGAUAUUACAGGGGACAUGGUUGAUUCAAAUGGGUUUGUCUUUCUUCUCGAGUGUAAUUGCAAAUGGGUGCUCUUUACAUGAGAAGAGUAGAGGGAAUUUUACUGUGAAAUGCAAAGGGCAUCCUGAAUAUCAUAGAGGAAGAGCAAUUGCCACGCUUCAGUUCAAUUGUCAUCUUGCUUUCCUUGUGGUUAUGGUUGUUGGCUUGUACUCUUUUGUUUCUAAGAAGAGAGUAGGAGGAGGGUUUGAUGGAGAAUACAGGCAAAUUGGUGCUGAAAUGCAGGCCAUCGACGGUGGUGGUGGUGGUGGUGGCUAUAGUCAUCAACAGUUCACUCUAGAUUCUGAUGAUGAUGAUGACAAACCAGGUCAAGAUCAAGGUCAAGAUGAGAUCAAAGAAGUGAGGAUUAAGGAGAAGGGUGAAGAAGUUAAUGGUUUAGAUUCCCAUUGAGAAGGUACUACUACUACUUACUUGUAAGUGUUUGAUGAUUUACAAGGAGUUUUAUCCAUUCAUUUUGUUCUUUAUGAUGAUGAUGAUAUUGAUGAAGAACUAACCUACUA